GUAAGACAUUCCGCUUGGCUCCUAAUAAAGAGACUGUAUUAACUGAACUUUGGGAUUGGGCCAAGCAGAUGUCUUCAUUACCUUUUGAAAAUCGAACUAGUGCAUCACUCAUCUGCCACUUCAGAAAGGAUGUGCAAGGAAUUAUUCGUGCACUUAAGACUGAUUUUCCAGAAUUACGGAUCAAGGAAUAUCAUGGCAAGUCUGAUCCGAAAGACGUAGACCUAGUUGCCUAUACUAGUACUCUAAAGAUAGGAGUGUCUUGCACCAAUCCUAAGUUUGAACGAGCAUUCUGCAUCUUUAACAGUUAUAUAGAAACGAACGCUGGAAUGAAUCAGAUAUUAUUUCAUAUGCGAUGCAUCAAAGAUUACAUAUGUCAUAUCGAACAAAGAUCGUCUAAUGUUCCAAUUAUAGAAAAAGGACUAUUCCAAUGGUUGUUGAAUGCCAAACGUGAAUGUCUUCCCCGAGAACUUCAAAAUAGAGGAAUAUUUCCAGAUAUAGACUCUAUAAUCCGGAAUAAGAACGUACCAACUAUUCGAUUAUGGGUGGCUUAUAUGUUAGAAAAAUUUCGAUCUUAUCGUUUAUUUGGUUGGAGAAUGAUUGAUUUCCUUCGAAAAGCUGGCAUGUGUGUUUCGAUUAUAGAAUCUAUUCCUAAACCUGAAGAUAAUACAAUAUCAUUAUCUCAAACGGUGAAGGUGAGUUCUUCUAUCAUUAAAGCAGAGGAGAUAUCAGCAAUAACUAAUGCUACUAUUGUUAAUCAUGAGACUGCUGAAUUUUUGGAAAACAAGCCAAAGAAGACUUUAGAAGAGAUACGCUCUUUAGAGGAAUUCAUUUCAAAGUAUGGGAAUUAUAAUCAUAUGAAAUGGUUCAGAGCUUAUAGGCAGUUACGAGAUUCUG